GACAACGAAUGUCGGAGUAGUGUUAUUGUUUAAUCAAAGAAAAAAACUGUGCUUUGAAGAACAAUGAAUACCCAAAAUCAGAACGAGAUAUUGGAUUUCGGAGAAGACCCUGUGACUACUGUGGAAGCCAAAUUAGCAAUAUUAUCAUUUGGAUAUAACUGGGCAGAUAUGGUGGAACUCGAAGAGAGAUCAAAGGGUAAUGGAGAUGUCCCUGGGCCUCAGGAACAGUUAAGUCAGACAAACCUCCUGGGUAAACUGUUGAAGCUGCGGAAUCUUCUACAGCAGAAUUGGACAAUUCUAAGGAAGAAAGCAAAAGUUUUUGUGACCCAAAGUCAAACGGAACUCCCGAAUAUAAGGACGUAACAGAGACAAACCUCGAUCCAACAAGAAGAGAUUCUGACUUGCCGAAACUGGAAGAAAAAGAUGCCAGUAAUCUGAAUGAUGAAACCAACAGUGCAUCCCCUGAGAAAACGGACGAGGCGUACCGAAUUGACAAUUCUGUGAUACAGGGUAUGAAAAGACCGGUGCAUGUCUUUGAUGCUGAAUCUGGAAUAGUAGUUGGCGAGAUCCAUGCUCAGUACAUUCCACGGGUAUCUAACGAAGAUAAAUCACUGUUGAUAGGCACUUCUGCAACACAAGCAAGCAGGACAGAAUGUGGAACCACAAUGCCCAACGUUUCACAGAGCUCAGAUCAUCAAACCACCUUGAUGGAUGGGAAAACUGCUUCAUGCAGUACCCAAGUUGAGCAAAAUGGUACAUGCUGCACCAAAAAUCGCACAGUAAAAAUCCGUGGACUGGAAACAAUUGACACAGAGAUUUCUAUUCUCUCAACAGAGAUACUUGAGCCUCAAGUCCAAGAAUCAAAGUCGGAAAGAGAGGUAGAAAACGAGUAUUUUACCAAACACCCUCUGAUGCGACUGUUCCUCUGUGGAGCUUGUUGUUCCUCAAAAAAAAGAAAAAUCAAGAAAACUGAGAAACGGGGACUGAUGCAGAGAAUGAGGAGGAUUUUCCACAGGAAUAAUUGAAUCAAUCUGACUUUUGUAAUAUCCCAAAAUGAAAAAGCUAAUCUGUGAUAUAUUUAU